UUCCACACGAGGUGGCACAAUGUCUGCCUGCCCCACCAGGAGGUGACAGGCCUGCUUUGGGCCUUGGGUCAUAUCUGACUGACCAUGUGGACUCUCAAGUGCUCCAAAGUGCUCAUUGUCUGAGGCACAGGGGCACACCUAGGGUAUGAAGCUGGGCCCUCGCUACUGCCAGGCCCCAUAGUUUGUUUUUACUGUCAGUGUCACCAUGCCUGGUGCUGUUUUUCAUGCUGGGGUGGCUUGGCCAGGUAACACCACACAUUUAUUAACCUCUAUCUUCAGGGAAGUUCUAGCACCUUUGGUUGAAAUGUUAUAUUUCUGUGUUUCAGGGACACCCCAACAAAAAGUGAACCCCAGCCCCAUCCUCCUGGCUGGUGGAGAAGCAGCUGGGAAAGCACAGUUCUGACCUCAAAUAAUCCCGCUGGGAUACUUCGAAGAAGUGGUUGCAAUCGGGUGAAGCAAGCAAGCACGCACAGGAGGAUGGCAGAAAUGGAGAUGACCAAGGCCUGCCUGCUCAUGAACGGCAGCUGUAUGGGAAGUCAGGAAAGCAAAGCUGACAGCUCAUGGAUUCUUCCCAACUUGCCCAGUAAGUGCACGUGGACAGCUGCAAUGCCUGCCAACAAGUCUCCACACUCCUGUAUACCCUUGUCAGAAGAAACAAAGAUCUUGCCCAACAUCCUGAAGAAAAUUGGCUGCACCCCAAUGGUCCGAGUCAACAAGAUUGGGAAGUCCUAUGGGCUCAAGUGUGAGCUCUUGGCAAAAUGCGAGUUCUUCAACGCGGGGGGCAGCGUGAAGGACCGCAUCAGCCUGAGGAUGGUGGAAGAUGCGGAGAGAGCGGGGAUUAUAAAGCCGGGAGACACGCUGAUCGAGCCCACUUCGGGGAACACAGGAAUCGGGCUGGCACUGGUAGCUGCAGUGAAAGGUUACCGCUGCAUCGUCGUCUUGCCGGAGAAGAUGAGCAUGGAAAAGGUCGAUAUUCUGAAGGCGCUGGGUGUUGAAAUUGUGAGGACCCCAUGCACCCGCUUCGAUGCCCCGGAGUCCAACAUUCGUGUUGCCUGGAAGCUGAAAAGUGAAAUCCCAAACUCUCACAUUCUGGACCAGUACCGAAAUCCAAGCAACCCCCUGGCUCAUUACGACACCACCGCUGAGGAGAUCCUGGAGCAGUGUGAAGGCAAGGUCCACAUGGUGGUGAUUGGAUCUGGCACAGGAGGCACCGUCACCGGCGUUGCCAGGAAGCUGAAGGAGAAGUGCCCAGAGUGCAAAAUCAUCGGCGUAGACCCCGACGGCUCCAUCGUCGCUCUGCCCAGUGAGUUGAACAGGACGAACAACACAACCAUAGAGGUGGAGGGCAUUGGCCAUGACUUUAUCCCUACUGUCCUGGACAGAUCUGUGGUUGAUCAGUGGUAUAAAUGCAACGACAGAGACUCGUUCAUCAUGUCUCGCAGGCUGAUUAGAGAGGAGGGAUUAUUGUGCGGCGGCAGCUCGGGCAGCGCCAUGUCCGUCGCCGUGCGGGCUGCCAAGGACCUGAAGGAGGGUCAGCGCUGCGUCGUCAUCCUGCCCGACUCUGUCAGGAACUACAUGUCCAAGUUCGUGAAUGAUAAGUGGAUGAUAAAAAACGGAUUCCUAAACGACGUCCAGGAGCGUAAGCCUUGGUGGUGGAACAUCAAGGUGCAGAAACUGAAUCUCUCAGCCCCUCUCAUUCUUCUCCCAGAAGUCAGCUGUCAAAAGGCGAUCGAAAUCCUGCAGGAGAAGGGAUAUGACCAGGCUCCCGUCGUUGCUGAAUCGGGACUGAUUUUGGGAAUGGUGACCCUCAGCAACACCCUUACCUCGGUGCUGGCUGGAAACGCACAGUUCUCAGACCCCGUUACAAAAGUCAUCUACGACCAGUUCUCAAAGAUUGGCCUGGAAGACAGCCUUGGGAAGCUUUCCAGCAUCCUGGAGAAUGACCACUUUGCUAUCGUUGUGCACAAGCAAAUGCAGUUUAAUGGAAAUGGCAGCUCCUUCAUGAAGCAGAUGGUGUUUGGUGUGGUCACUGCGAUGGACCUCCUCACCUUUGUCAGCAGAAACGACAAGAAGUAGGGCAGCAGCUUGGCUGCCCCAAGCCCCAUGCCUCCGGCAGGGUCAGCUCCUGAGCCCGAAACACGUGGCUGAAGACAUUUUGUGGUCUAAUCCAUCUGACAGUUUCUCAAAAUAAGUGAAAAUUGUAAUGUAAUAACCGUGUGUCCGCUAAAUGCCACCCAGAGUAUCACUAAAGAGAAGCUAACCAAAGAAAUGACGUUUGAUAGCCAUAUGUGGUUACAUGGAGCUACCCAGGGCUGAAGAGGUAACGAGGGGGUAGGGAUAGGAUGGGGGUUGUUGUUGCCCAGAUUUUGCCUGGUUUGGGGUUUUGGUGUGUCUGCUGGCAGCAGCACUGAGGCAUCACAGCUGCCAUAAGGAGGAGGAGGAGGUCCCACCACGGCUGGAGCCCACCUCCAACAAGAGAAGCUCGAGCCCUCCUGAGGGCUGGGGACAAGCCACGCCACGCCGCACCCUCCUGCCCCUCGCCACCCCUCGCAGCGGGGACAAAACCCACGCAGGGCUGCGGGAGACCCUGCUGCUCACCCCUAGCUCCUUCUGUGGGGGCAAGGAGGGAGCUUCUUCCUCCCCUCCCCAGCGACAAGGAGGGACAGAGCCUGGAAGAGCGGUGUGGUGGGAUGUGGAACGCCGCUAAGCACAAGGGGGGAAGGGACAUCCAGGGGCUGUGCCGGGCAGGGGAUGGGGGUGGAAAGAGGGGCGAGGUGCUGGGCAGGAGGGGAAUGAGAGAUCCUGGAGCGGCUGCACGCCC